AUGGAGUUCUUACAUGAAGGCAAUUCGCUGUUCGUGGAUGAAGCAUACGAUGAGGCAUUGCAGAGCUAUACACGUGCACUAAAACAUCAGCAAGAGAAUGCAGAGGUUCUUUCUAAGCGCGCUGCUGUGUAUUUGAAGCUGCGCAAGUUGCACGAAGCCGAAGGCGACGCUUCGCAAGCAACUAAAUUGGAUCCAACCCUGUAUAUGGCGCAUUUGCGUCACGGCAUGGCUCAGUUUGAGCUUGAAAAGUAUGCAGAGGCCAAACAAUCGUUUCAGAACGGCAAAGAGGCGACGCCUCAGGUUAACGAAGCUCUAAUAAAGCGCUUUCAAACGUGGAUUCGCAAGUGUGAUGCCGAGCUUGACAGUGAAAAUGAGGCCGAUCUGAUCAUAUCGGAUGAUCCUGUGUCAGUGCAACGCUCAGCAGGAAGUGACUGUGGGGCUGCUGCAAUUGCGCCGUUACCCGCCAAGUCAGUGAUCCGCCAUGAUUGGUACCAGUCAAGUACCCAUGUGACACUCGCAAUUCUUCAGAAAAAUUUACCUCAAGAUGAUGUCGAAAUUACAAUCGAGCCAACGAGGCUUUUAGUCCGGAUCAAACUUGACAAUGACAUUGUCGAGGCUUACAACGAAGCUCUUUUCGAUGAAAUUGUCCCGGAUGAAAGUUCGUAUCAGGUUUUGAGCUCGAAGUUGGAAUUAAAACUUAAAAAGAAAAGCAUCGGCAUGCAUUGGGACAAGCUUGAAGAGGUUACGUACAAAUCAAGUACACAAGUACUAACAGGACCUGCUGCCGUUUUCGAGGCCAAACCAGAACAAGUGCCGCGUCCAUACGCUAGCAAUCGCGAUUGGAACAGAAUCGAAAAAACCAUCGGUGACGAGUUGGAGGCGGAAAAGCCAGAGGGUGAAGAGGCAAUGCAAAAGCUUUUCCGCGAUAUCUAUGCAAAGGCCGAUGAAAAUACUCGCAAGGCCAUGAACAAAUCUUUCCAAACAUCGGGAGGCACUGUAUUAUCAACAAACUGGAAAGAAGUAGCCGAAAAGGAUUAUGAGAAAGAACGAACAGCCCCAGACGGAAUGGAGUGGAAAAAAUGGGGAUAA